CCGAGCUGGGGCCGAUCCGGGGCCGAUCCGGAGCCCGAGGCGACGGGAGCCGAGCGGCAGCCACCGAAGCCGCCGCCACCAGCGCCUGGCCGCCCCGCGCCCGGCGCCCCGCGCCCCGCGCCCCACGCCCGGUCCUCGCCCCCGGGGCCCCGCGCCAUGGCCGCGCCCGAGCCGCUGCGGCCGCGCCUGUGCCGCCUGGUGCGCGGCGAGCAGGGCUACGGCUUCCACCUGCACGGCGAGAAGGGCCGCCGCGGCCAGUUCAUCCGGCGCGUGGAGCCCGGCUCCCCCGCAGAGGCGGCCGCGCUGCGCGCCGGGGACCGCCUGGUGGAGGUCAACGGCGUCAACGUGGAGAGCGAGACGCACCACGAGGUGGUACAGAGGAUCAAGGCCGUGGAGGGGCAGACCCGGCUGCUGGUGGUAGACAAGGAUACGGACGAGGAGCUGCGCCGGCGUCAGCUGACCUGCACUGAGGAGAUGGCCCAGAGGGGCCUCCCGCCUGUCCAUGACCCCUGGGAGCCCAAGCCCGACUGGGAGCCUGGCAACCCGGGCUCCGAGGCUGGCCAGAAGGAGGCCAAUGGGUCCCCAAGGGAGCUGCGUCCCCGCCUCUGCCACCUGCGCAAGGGCCCCCAGGGCUAUGGCUUCAACCUGCACAGUGACAAGUCCCGGCCCGGUCAGUACAUCCGCUCCGUGGACCCUGGCUCGCCUGCAGCCCACUCAGGCCUCCGCGCCCAGGACCGACUCAUCGAGGUGAACGGGCAGAACGUGGAGGGGCUGCGCCAUGCCGAGGUGGUGGCCAGGAUCAAGGCGAGGGAGGAGGAGGCCCGGCUGCUGGUGGUGGACCCCGAGACGGAUGAGUGCUUCAAGAGGCUGCAGGUCACCCCCACUGAGGAGCAUGUGGAAGGUCCACUGCCAUCGCCGGUCACCAACGGGACCAGCCCUGCCCAGCUCAAUGGUGGCUCGACGUGUUCCUCCCGAAGUGACCUGCCUGGCUUAGACAAGGAUGCUGAGGACGGUGGGAGCUGGAAGCGGGACCCCUUUCAGGAGAGUGGCCUGCACUUGAGUCCCACGGCGGCUGAGGCCAAGGAGAAGGCAAGAGCCACUCGGGUGAACAAGAGGGCCCCGCAGAUGGACUGGAACCGGAAGCGUGAGAUCUUCAGCAACUUCUGAGCCCCUGGCCCAACCUGCCCGCCGGCCCCCACCCCGCACGGACCUUGGCCUUGCCCCCCUGGCCCAGCCCUGAGCUCCCCAGUCUUGGUGGACUGGAGGGGGGUAACCUCGCCCCAAAGCCUCCCAGGAGCCAACCUGAGCCCCAGUGAACCCCAGUCCUGCUCCCACCUCUGGGUGCUGGAGUGCGGUAGCCGGGUGGGUGGGGGAGAGCCCCUGAGCAGAGACUGCCCAGGGAGAGCCACGGAGACCCGCCCUGAAGGCAGGGCCUUGGGCUCUGCCCCGCCUGCGGACUUAAAGGAAUUUUGUGUUUUUGCUUCUUUUCCAAAAAGAGCUUGGCUCCACACAUGUUUCCACUUAAUACCAGAGCCCCCGCCCCCGCCCCCCACCAGCGCUCUAAAUAAUUGCAGUAAGACAGACCUUCCUUUGCAGAGAGUUCCCUCCCCCUCCGCAGGCCUCUCCAUCAGGAGUCCCAGGGACUUGGGGGGGGAGGGCUGUGUUUGGGGGGUUGUUGGGGACAGAACAGAUGUGGCUGGGACUACCCCAUUCCUACCCUCCUGGGUGUAGGGGGUUCGAGAGGCCAAGGAUGGAGGCCCUGGCCCCUGGGGGGGGGGCAGCCUCUGGACAGGCCCCUUGUCCCUCAGCCCACAGGCUAAGGGGUGAGGUGUGCUGAAGUCCCCCAGCCCCCACAGAGUCCCUAGGGGCUCGGCCCCAUGACUGCCUUCCACCCAGGACCAACAGUGCUGUCUGCCCUGUAAGCCAUAGCGCAUGUGCGCCCUCAAAUAAACAGGCCUUCCUCAGCCCCAA